CCUGUUAGUUUCAAUUUAGCACUCUAGAAGUGUGGACCGCGAGUGAAUAGAAUAGAAUCAAUAUGAUCGGAAUAUAUCUAUUGAUCGGCGCAGUUACGUUGCUGUAUGUCUACCUCAAAUGGACAUUUAGCUACUGGGAUCGAAAGGGUUUUCCCUCCGUGGGAGUGAGCAUUCCCUUCGGUGCCAUGGAAUCCGUGACAAAGGGUAAACGAUCCUUCGGAAUGGCCAUAUACGAUAUGUACCAGACGGCAAAGGAGCCCGUGGUCGGUUUGUAUCUCACUUUGAGACCCGCUCUCCUGAUUAGAGAUGCUCAACUGGCCCACGAUGUGUUGGUCAAGGACUUUGCUAGUUUCCACGAUCGUGGGGUUUAUGUGGAUGAGAAAAACGAUCCCAUGUCCGCAAGCUUGUUCCAAAUGGAAGGAGCCAGUUGGAGGAACCUAAGGAACAAACUGACUCCGUCAUUUACUUCCGGAAAACUAAAAGCCAUGUUCGAAACCUCAAAUUCAGUCGGAGACAAGUUAAUAGCCAGCAUGAAGGCACAACUGCCUGAAAAAGGAAGCAAGGAACUGGAAAUCAAGGGUUUCAUGGCAACAUAUGCCAUCGAUAUUAUUGCGACGACUAUUUUUGGCCUUGAUAUUGACAGCUUUGCAGAUCCCAACAAUGAAUUCCAGGCUAUAAGCAAAAAGCUCAACCGUAAAAACUUUGAGGAUAUUAUUCGUGGAGCAGCCAGUUUUCUCUAUCCCGGAUUGGAGAAGUUCUUUGUGCGAAUUGGUUGGAAACAGGAGGCCACAGAAAGGAUGCGCGAAUUAUCCCAUCGCACUGUCGAUCUUAGGGAAAAAAAUAAUAUAGUGCGAAAGGAUUUGCUGCAACUUCUUUUGCAGUUGCGUAAUCAGGGAAAGGUUAACACCGAUGAUUCAGUUUGGUCAGCAGAAAGUUCCCAAAAUGGCGUAAAAUCAAUUUCAAAGGACUUGAUUGCCGGUCAGCUCUUCCUCUUUUACGUUGCCGGUUAUGAGACGACAGCCUCCACGAUUUCCUUCACUCUGUACGAGCUCACCCAAAAUCCCGAAGUAAUGGAAAAGGCGAAGGAGGAUGUGCGAAAUGCCAUCGAAAAGAACGGCGGAAAAUUGACCUACGAUGCGGUCUCGGAUAUGAAGUACCUGGAGGCCUGUGUGCUCGAAACUGCUCGGAAAUACCCUGCUCUCCCGCUGCUUAACCGCAUAUGCACUCAGGAUUAUCCUGUGCCCGAUAGCAAGCUGGUUAUCAAGAAGGGAACACCUAUUAUUAUCUCCCUAAUUGGAAUGCAACGAGACGCCGAGUACUUCCCCGAUCCGCUGAGAUAUCAACCAGAACGCUAUCUGGAUGAAAACAAAGACUUCAACCAAGCGGCCUAUAUGCCUUUUGGAGAAGGACCAAGGAUGUGCAUAGGUGCCCGCAUGGGAAAGGUGAAUGUAAAGCUAGCGAUUGCCAAGAUUCUGACGAAUUUCGAUCUGGAGAUGCGCCAGGAAAAACGAGAGAUUGAGUUCGGUAUAAACGGAGUACCUUUGAUGCCCAAGGAAGGUGUUCCCGUACGAGUCUCCCUCAAAAAGUAGUCUGUAGUCUUAGAUUAAAACCCAAUUGCAAAUAGACAAUAAACAUAUUGUAUAGAAAAUA